GCGAAAACGUCUUCCCCGCCGAGAGGAGCGUACAGUAUGGCUCUAUGCUCUAAUUUUGAUAAAAGAAGAAAGAAAUGCGGCUAAGUUCUGAUUAAACUGCCACUAUACCAAUGCUACUGCCUAGCUAACUGCUCCACCAGUAAACUCAGGGCACAAGAAGGGCGGAAACAUCGAGCUGACCGCCAGUAACACCGGAAGUUGCGGCUUCUCGCAGUACAACUAAACCCCGCCCAUAGCAACCAACUCGUUGACGCUGAUUGGUCCGAACAGCGUUUGGUUCGCCAAAAAAGUUGCAGAGGAGAGCUUUCUUUGCUAUAUGGAUUUACCUGAUGAUAGACUUGGAGCCUUGCUGACUUUGCAAGGUUAUAAAACCGCUGCCACCGGAGGGAAAAAGGAGGUUUAAGAGGCCAGCAGCCGCCUAAUCUCACAGUGAUGGAGCAGUUUGAAGGCCUGAACCCGGCAGAGACCUUUAAGGGGCUUGCUGCCUCUUUGGGCUGCAGCUCGACGUCUGCAGAGGUGGCUUCGUACCUCGACAAACACGACAAACUGAGACAUCUGCGGGAGAAUUUCCAUGUACCUAAAAUAGCAGAUUUACCCCCCACUGAUUUGUCGCUGGUUGAUGGCACUCAAGAUUGCAUGUACUUUGUUGGAAACUCGCUGGGUCUUCAGCCUAAAAUGGCCAGAAAAUACCUGGAGGAGGAGCUGGACAAGUGGGCCAAAUCAGGCGUCCACGGUCACUUAGAGGGUUCCCGACCUUGGGCGUGGGCUGAAAACAACAUUGAGGAAAUGAUGGCAGACGUUGUCGGAGCCAAACCUGAGGAAGUCGCGCUGAUGAACGGCCUGACGGUUAAUUUACACCUUCUUCUGCUUUCGUUCUACAAACCGACAGCAGCUCGACAUAAAAUCCUCCUGGAGGACAAAGCCUUCCCUUCAGACCAUUAUGCUGUCGAGUCUCAGAUCAGACUGCGAGGAUUCGACCCUGAGACGAGCAUGCUGCUGCUGUCGCCAAGACCGGGAGAAGAAACUCUGAGGACCGAGGACAUCCUGGACAAGAUCGAGAAGGAGGGAGACUCCAUCGCUGUGGUGAUGUUUAGCGGCGUUCAGUAUUACACCGGACAGCUGUUUAACAUGGCCGCCAUCACUGAGGCCGGACACAAGAAGGGCUGUUUCGUCGGCUUUGAUUGCGCUCACGCUGCUGGAAACGCCGAGCUGAAGCUGCACGACUGGGGGGUCGACUUCGCCUGCUGGUGCUCGUACAAGUACAUAAAUUCUGGUGCUGGAGGUUUAGCUGGAGCGUUUAUCCAUGAGAAGCACACAGACUCCAUCAAACCUGCGCUGACGGGGUGGUGGGGACAUGACUUGAAAACUCGCUUCCAGAUGAGCAACGUGAUGGAUUUGCAGCCUGGAAUAAGCGGCUUCAGGCUCUCCAACAUGCCCAUCCUGCUGGUCUGCCCCCUGCAAGCAAGUUUAGAGGUGUUUAGCAUGACCAGUAUGAAGGAUCUGAGAAAAAAGUCCCUCCUGUUGACGGGCUACUUGGAGUUUCUGAUUCGUCAUUACUACACCGAGGACCCUGCCCAGCCUCAGAAGCCUCACGUCCGCAUCAUCACGCCCUCUGACCCUGAGCAGAGAGGCUGUCAGCUCUCGCUCUGCUUCUCCAUCCACAUCAGGAAGGUGUUUGAGGAGCUGGAGAGGAGGGGCGUUGCUUGUGACAUGAGGGAGCCCAGCGUGCUGCGAGUCUCUCCGGCGCCACUCUACAACUCUUUUACUGACGUCCAUCGAUUUGUCAAAACACUCGGAGAUGCUCUGGCAGCCAGCAGCAGCAAAUGAAGCUUUAAUCAGGGUGCUGAAUUAAUCUGCUGCAAACUCAUAAAGGUAUAUUUUACAUUCUGUGAUCUGGACUAAAUAUUUCACCCUCUGCCUUACUGAAACCUCAUCAUCUGUAUAAGCACAGUGGCAGUAUUAUCCAUGUAUGUAUUAUACUGUUAUGUUUAAAUUUGACAUGAUAUGGACGUCAAGGUUUACAUCAACAAUUUACAGUGAACUUCAAAAUAAACUUGUUUCUCGCAUCUUUUGGGGCUUUUAUUUUGAAACUUUUGCUCAAACUAAAAGCUCCUUGUUCAAUUCUCUCCUUUAUUUUUUAUACUAAAAAGGCAAUGCUAAUCAUGUAAUUCAGUAUUUAUAUGCUAAAAGAAGAUGUCAAGCAGUGGUUCCGAACCUGGGGUCCGGGGAUCCCUUGGGGGGCGCACAAGAUCUCAGGGGGACCCAUCUGCUCUGACACUGUCAAACUUAAAAGUGCAUAUCUUCUUUUUAAAUCAUUAUAAAAAACAUGAUGUA